GUCCUUCAUCUAUUAAGCUGGAGAAUAAAGAGGAUGUGUGCUUUGUAAGCAGGCAGGCAGAGAGCAAAAUAGCAAAUCAGAAACUCCAAAUCAAACUGAAUAAGGAUCAAAAAUGGACAAGGAAACAGAAGCCUGUGAGGAAUCCAAAAACAGAGCGGCAGCUUCUGGGCGAGCUUUACGAUGACAAGGUCUACCUAGAAGAGUUGCUCCAGGAUGAAGAUCUGAUGGAGAGCAGCACAAAGCAGGGGGUCAAAGUGGCGGACUUGGUUUUGAGUGGCAUUUCCUACCUGGACACACGCAGUGAAUUCUGGCAGCAGCAGAAGCCUAUCUACGCCCGUGUGAGAGAGCGCAAGCUCAGGCAGCAAAGGUGGAGCCGAGACAAGAAACGAAACCCAGUGGAGGCCGGCAGAUACAUCGUGAAGAGCUUGGAGGACAUCGAGAGGUUGCUGAGUGGCGACUGCCGUGCAGAAAGCUGCAAGAAAGCCGAGCAGGUGCUGCAGACAGUACAAGGGUGGGCGGACGCUGAAGUUCCCAACAAGAAGGAGCUGAUUGGAAAACUCUACAGCUGCAUCGGGAACGCUCAGCUAGAGAUGGGCCAGAUGGAGGCAGCGCUGCAAAGCCAUAAGAUGGAUCUGGAAUUUGCCAGGCAGAACGACCUGCCAGACGCCGCGUCCAGAGCCCUCGGUAACGUCGGCAGGGUUUACGCCAGAAUGGGCAGGUUCCAGCAAGCCGCCGACACGUGGGAAGAGAAGAUUCCGAUGGCAAAAUCCAGCCCGGAGAAGGCCUGGCUGUUCCAUGAAAUUGGCCGAUGUUACCUGGAGCUGAACAAAGCUGAAGCAGCUCAGCAUUACGGACAGAAGUCCCUGCAGUCAGCAGACGAAGGGGGAGAUGUUGAGCGGCAACUCCACGCCGCUGUGCUGGUGGCACAGGCACAAGUAAAAUUAAAGGAUUACCAGUCUGCAAUCCCAAACUUUGAAAAAGCGCUUGAGAAGGCCAAGCUUAUCCACAACGAAGCUGCUGAAAAGGCCGUCAUGACUGCCCUGGACGAUGUGAGCAAAAGCUUCACUGAGGAGCUGAAAGAGAGAAGAAACGGCCGUUCUUCCUCUUAG